GACCUAUCAAGAUAUUUGCCUCGACGGCUCUCUAAUGAUCUCGCCGAUAUUAUGCUUCGCAAUGCCUUCUUGGACCGUGUGAGACAUGUAGAGCGUCUGUGUAGCAUCGCACUCGCCAUGAUCAAGACCACCGACAUAUCAAACUCCAAGCUAAAGGAUGGAACCUCCACAGGUCCAAAUAUCAUCGAGGAAGUUUCCGGUGGCGGCCACGUGGACGGAGACCAGUGGCCAUUAUGGCUCUCAGAGGAAGACAGGCAGCUUCUUCAGUCAGAGAGUGUGAAGGCGGACGCGGUCGUGGCAGAGGACGGUAGCGGGGAUUACACGACGGUGGCGGCUGCGGUUGAGGCGGCGCCGAGUAAUAACGAAAAGAGGUGUGUGAUAAGGAUAAAGACGGGAGUUUACAGGGAGAAUGUGAGGGUGAUGGGUCACCGGAAGAACAUAAUGGUCGUGGGCGAUGGCCGCCUUCACACCUUCAUCACCGGAAAUAGGAGCGUCGCCAAUGGCUGGUCACCAUUCCAAUCUGCAACAGUUGGGGUGAUAAGCGAGGGGUUCUUGGCGCGUGACAUAACGUUCGAGAACACUGGAGGUUCGGGGAACGGGGCAGCCGUGGCCCUCCGAGUAGGCUCCGACAAAUCGGCCUUCUACCGUUGCGGAUUCUCCAGCUACGAACGCACACUUCACGUCCAAUCCAAACGCCAAUUCUUCGCCGACUGUUUCAUCACCGGUAACAGAGACAUCAUCUACGGAAACUCCGCCGCUUUCUUCCAAGGCUCCGACAUCCGAGUUCGCCAACAGUUCUUGUUCAUCGACAACAUCGUCACUGCCCAGUCUCGGUCCGACCAGAACCAGGACACGGGGAUCGUGAUCCAGAACUCUAGGAUCGAAGCCUCCGAUCUCGACCACUGGCUGUAUUCCACGACGUAUCUCGGUCGUCCCGAGAGGGAAUUCGCACGGUCCGUCGUGAUGCAGUCCUACAUCUCCGACCUGCUCCGACCCGAUGGUUGGCAAGGCUGGGGCGUCACCUUCGAGUUGGACAACCUUACAUUCAGAGAGUAUCAGAACAGAGGAAUGGGAGCAAAUACGAAACGUAGGGUGAAGUGGAAGAGCUUCAAGGUAAUUACAGACCCAGAAGAGGCCGAGCAGUUCACCACCGGUCCGUUCAUCGACGGUGGGAGCUGGCUAAAGGGUACUGGUUUUCCGUUCAAACUCGAUCUUUGAUCUUCGAGAUAUGAGCUGUGAGAGCUCUUGCUGUUGUGUUAUGUGCAUGAAUAAGGCGAACGUUUCGCCAUUACUGAUGAUGAUGAUGACGAUGGUGUUGUUAACAUGUGUCAAGCCAUAGCCAUGCAUGGAAAACUUAUUAUACUAAUGUAAUGGUGAUGUUAUAUCUCAUUUACGUGUUUCA